AAUAAACACAUCCUUUUGAAAAGCUCCCCUGCUUAAUAAAAUAUUCAAAAUUCUUACUCUAAAAGUGGUGUGAUAAUAUAUAAAUGUUUAAAAGUAUUGUACUGCAGGGAGGCGGGGCUUCCGUUCAGGUGAGGAAAUUGUAGGUGAGCGAGCGUUGAAGAAAACAAGACAUCCACCACAAUGCGAGUUUUUCAAUAAAAGCUGUCAGAAAUGAUAGCAGUGUACUUUUUAUUCUCGUGUGAUAAAAGAGAAGAGGACAUCAGUCAUGGUGAACUGUGGUGUUUGCUGUGCCAACCUCAAAGACAGCAAAACCCUGAUGAAAAUGGGUUUGGCACUGGUGCUCGUGGGCCAUGUCAAUUUUCUGCUUGGUGCUCUGGUGCACGGUGCAGUGCUCAGACACAUCAGCGUGCAUGCCGAGGCCCGCAUCAUGGUUUACUCCAUCACUAAUGUCAUUGCUAUUGUGGCAGGCUUGAUGGGAAUUAUUGGUGGAAUAAUUGCAAUUGUUCUGUCCAAAAACAAGAAAAGCAGGAUUUUGAAGUGGGUCCUGCUUGUAUUCAGCUUCCUAGCAGGCCUCUUAGCUGUUGCCUCCACUUUGGGCCUGCUGGCUUCCGUGGUCACCGCCAUUAUUCACAAAGGACGAAGCCUGUUGACGCACUGCACUCCCCUGAAAAAUAUGGGAUCUUCCAGUAUUACCCAUGAAUGUCCCUUUGACCCCACUCGCAUCUAUAGCACCACAAUCAUUCUGUGGGUGCCACUUAUCCUGAUGUCUGUGGUGGAAAUGGUGUUCUCCUUCCGUUGCUUCGCUGUUUGUACAUCGUUCCUGUAUCUGUGCCCAUGCAGGCGGAGGCCGUCAAUAGCAAAAAGGGUCCGCAUGCAAAGAGCAGUUGUAAUUGCCCACUCGCCUGCUUCAGAGCAGCCGACCGAGCUUGACCCUGAGGCUGUGGAGCAAGAUGAACUGCUUGGAAGUGGUGCUCCAGCAGCAGAGCAGAGCCAUUGGCUAUGAGAAUGUUGAAUCAAUAAGAUUUGGUGUCUUUACUGCCAUGAAAAAAAAUAUUUGCACAUCUCCUCAAACUUUUUCAUUGUACUCCCACAUUAUAUCAUAAUACCAGUAUAAGAAUAGCUCCUUCAAUCUGCAGUUUUUUUUCUCUGCUCGUUCUGUAACAACCACAUUUUAUUUCUCAUGAUUUAAUGUUUCUUAAAGCCAGAAACAUAUUUGUAAUCACAAAAGUUUUGUGUUAGCUUUUUUUUUUGGAACACAAAAUCACUGAGUGAACAGCCAUCAACACUAGUGAUUUCAUAAUUUUUUUGUCAGGGGUAGUAUGUGGACGACUUUUUUAAUGGGGCUUUUGCAAUGCAUGAAUUUGAGGAGGGGAAAAUAUUUUUUGGGGACAUGACUAGGUUUAAACGAUACAUAAGCCUAACAUUUUGAGUGACAGACAUCAGAGUUGAAUAUUUUCCCUGCAUACAUAAAGUGCUGGCCAAAAUUAUUGGCACCCCUGCAAUUCUGUCAGAUAAAGCUGAAUUUCUCCCAGAAAAUGAUUGCAAUUACAAAAGCUUUGGUAGUAAUAUCUUCAUUUAUUUUGCUUGCAAUCAAAAAACACAAAAGAGAAUGGAAAAAAAAUUAGAUAAUCAUUUUACACAAAACCAAAAAUGGGCCAGACAAAAGUAUUGGCACCCUUCGAAAAAUCAUGUGAUUCUUUUCUAAUUUGUGUAAUUAACAGCACCUGUUACUUACCUGUGGCACAUAACAGGUGGUGGCAAUAACUAAAUCACACUUGCAGCCAGUUAAAAUGGAUUAAAGUUGUCUCAACCUUUGUCCUGUGUCCUUGUGUGUACCACACUGAGCAUUGAGAAAAAGACCAAACAACUGUCUGAGUACUUGAGAAGCUAAAUUGUUAGGAAGCAUGGGCAAUCACAAGACUACAAGUCCAUCACCAAAGACCUGAAUGUUCCUUUGUCAUCAAUAAGUAAAGCCCAUGGCACUGUGGCCAACCUCCCUAGAUGUGGACAGAAAAGAAAAAUUGAGAUUUCAAUGAAAGAUUGUGUGGGUGGUGCAAGUUCAAGCCAUCCUGCAGUCCGAGGGUGCAACAGUGUCAACCCGUACUAUCCAUCGGCGUCUGAAUGAAAAGGGACUCUAUGGUAGGGUACCCAGGAAGACCAAACUUCUGACCCAGACACAUAAAAAAGCCAGGCUGGAGUUUGUCAAAACUUACCUGAAAAAGCCAAAAACAAUGUUCUCUGGUCUGAUGAGACAAAAGUAGAGGUUUUUGGGAAAAGGCGUCAACAUAGAGUUUACACGGGAAAAAAAUGAGGCCUUCAAAGAAAAGAACACUCCCCAUCGUCAAACAUGGCAGAGGUUCCCUGAUAUUUUGGGGUUGCUUUGCCACAUCUGGCACUGGACUGCUUGACCGUGUGCUUGGCAUUAUGAAGUCUGAAGACUAUAAACAAAUUUUGCAGCAUAAUGUAGGGCCCAGUGUGAGAGCUGGGUCUCCCUCAGAGGUCAUGGGUCUUCCAGCAGGACAAUGACUCAAAACACCCUUUAAAAAGCACUAGAAAACGGUUUGAGAGAACGCAGUGGAGACUUUUAAAGUGGCAAACAAUUACCUAAAUCCCAUAGAACACCUGUGGAGAGAUCUGAAAAUGGCAGUUUGGAGAAGGCACCCUAGAGAUCUCAGAGACCUGGAGCAAAUGGCCAAAGAAGAAACGUCUAAAAUUCCAUCUGAGCAUUGAAAGAAUCUCACUGAUGGAUACCAGAAGCGGUUGUUUGCAGUUAUUUUGUCUAAAGGUUGUGCUACCAAGUAUUAGGCUGAGGGUGCCAGUACUUUUGUCCGGCCCAUUUUUUGAGUUUUGUAUAAAAAGAUAAUGAUUUAAAAAUAAAAAAAAUCAUUCUGUUUUGUGUUUUUUCAUUGCAAGCAAAAUAAAUGAAGAUAUUACUACCAAAGCAUUUGUAAUUGCAAUCAUUUUCUAAGAGAAAUUGAGUAUUAUCUGACAGAAUUGCAGGGGUGCCAAUACUUUUGGCCAGCACUGUACAUACCUGUUAACAGACUGCCAUUUUAUGUAAUGAUCAGAUUGUGUCUAAAAAUUGUAAUACAGGGUGGUGUUCAGCUUUUUCAUUAAA